AUGCCUGCCGCUUGUUCAUCAGAUGGCCAUCUGAUGAACGUUUUGGAGCGUCCACAAGCGUGUGGAUGUACUACGAGUGAGUGCGAUGGCCUCACUUGUGGUACGGUCGUUAGUACGACUGCACAAAACCUUAGUGUACCAAACGGUUACACUUCGGAGCAAAGUUCCGGCGGCUGUGAGGAAGCACAGACUGCGCCGAAGGUCCACCACUCGAAUAAGUCGGGUGGACUGGGACAAAGAUGUAUCCCUAGCGGGGAACAUCUAGAAGAGAAACAAUCGAUCGCUCAGGUUAAGCGAAACGAUAAUCCUAGAUCGACUGGAGAGUCUUUCGUAGAGGAUAUCGCUGUGGUUGCGCAACCCCAGCUAGAGGAAGUCAAGGGAAUAAGUCCCAAGAUUACAAAUACGGCGAAAAUAAGUUCCCCGGAACCCGCGGGAAUAAGUCCCCGGGAAGCCGAAGGAAUAAGUCCUUCGAAGCCUGAGGGAAUAAGUCCCCAGGAAAUGACAGAGACAUUGAAUGUCAUAGUCAAUAACGGAUCAUGUGUAGGCGCUUAUACACUUGAUCUGAUUGCGCCUCCGAAGUUGACUUCGGAGAUCACUCAGUUGCCAACGCUCGAACAUAAAAGGUUCUUGCGUGAUCUGCGUAGUGGCAAAGUCAAGCAGAUCUGCGUACUCGUCGCUGACGACGAGUGUGUAGCCGACAUAAGGUCAGCAACAGUGUUCACUGAGAACGAUAGAGUUCUCAGUAGUUCAUCUAUGGACGAGAGCGUCCUAGAUGAAAAGAAACGAGUUGAGCGAUAUGACUCCCAAUCAUGGGAAUCGCUCAAGAAAAAUCCUCUCUGUGAAGAUUUGGUUAAAUUCAAGGAUGUAUUCCCUGAAACUGUUCCGUGCGAAUUACCGAAGGAUAAAGGUACUCGACACGAGGUCGAGCUUAAACCAGGCUCGAAGUACUGUGUCAUGAAGCAGUGGCCACUGCCUCGUGAACAAGUACUUGCGAUCGACAAGCUCUUUGCCGAUCGUUUAGCUGCGGGCCAUGUGAGGGAAUCAACUUCCCCACAUAGCUCUCCGACCUUCUGUGUGCGAAAGCAACAGGAGGGUGGCGGAUAG